GCGCAUGCGCGCGGGGCUGGAAGCCGGGGGCGUGGCCAUAUCGGCCUGCAGAGCCAGGUAAACCGGGGGUGACGCGAGUGCGGGGCCGGCGCGCAGCGAGGUUGGACAGGCAAACAGGGGAGAGGGUGGUCCCCCCUUUGGGGUGAGGCGUUUAGCAGGAAUCGGGGACAGGGCAGAGAUGCUGUUGCUGCUGCCACUUGGUUUUAAACUGCGGGUGGAGCAGGAAGCAAAGUGGGGUGCGACCACACCGCUGCACCCCGGCCCCCUUGGAGGAGCCGCCCCUGUAAAUUGGCAGCAAGUUGAGGGCUGGAAGGGACCUCGGGAGGUCACAUCUAGUCCCCCCCCCCCCCCCCUGCUCAGAGCCCUAGCUGGGUCAUCCCAGCCAGGGCUUUGUCCAGCCAGGUCUUCCUCUUCAGGGAUGGAGGUGUCAUCACCUGUUGCAGUGCCUCACUGCUCUCCUGGUGAGAGAGGUUCUCCUGAUCUGUCACUUCCGUUGCUGCAACUUGAGACCAGUGCUAGGUUAUUUGCUAACCACCACUACCUCUCUCCAGUUUGGUGCCCACUCCAGCCGCUGAGGCUAGAUGGACCAUGGGCCUGACCCGAUGUGGCACUGCUUAUACCCUUACAAAAGUACCUUGCUUUUUGAGGGGCAAGAGGGAGUGGGUUUGACAUCUCCCUCUGCCCAUUUACACGUCUCUCGUUGCUUCUCGACCCAUUCCAGAGAAGCAGUCCAGCAAAGCCAUGCCAAACCUGCCCUUGGGCGUGCAAUUCAUGAAGCAAUAGAACAUAUGCGAGUGCCUAGCUCUUUUAUUGGCUCCUACGGUAUGAAUACUUGUUAUUUGAGUCCUGUUAUCCAAAGGGCACUGACAAGGAGACAGCAGGAUGGAGACCAAGUGCUGCCGUCAGUCUGUAUGCUGCUCCAAGUCGUCCAUGUAUGCCGUCCUGCUAGGGGGAGUGUAUGUUACCUUGGGCUCCAGUCGGAUCCUCUUGAUGAAAUAUUCAGCCAAUGAACAUAACAAGUAUGAUUACCUUCCUGCAACUGUGAAUGUGUGCUCUGAGCUAGUAAAACUAGUGCUCUCUAUGAUAGCGGCACUCUGGGUAACAAGAAGAGGUAAAUUAUGUCAUCAUUUUGGAUGUACAUCGUGGAGGGAAUUGUGUAGCUACAUGAAAUGGUCAAUUCCUGCCUUUCUUUAUUUUUUGGAUAACCUGAUUAUUUUCUAUGUCUUAUCCUACCUCCAACCAGCUAUGGCUGUAUUGUUCUCAAAUUUUGUCAUUAUAACAACAGCAUUCCUAUUCCGGAUAGUGUUGAAACGGCGGCUCUCCUGGGUGCAGUGGGCCUCGUUGCUGAUUUUGUUCCUGUCCAUCAUAGCUCUGACUGCUGGGACUGGAAGCCAUCAGAAUGGCUUGGCUGCCCACGGAUUUCAUCAUGACAUGUUUUUCAGCCCAUCAAACAGCUGCCUUCAAUACUCCAGGCUCGAAAGAGAGUGCUGGGGAAGGAGUAACUGCACAGUAUCUGGGCUCUUUCCCACCUUCAGGUGGAACGUCACUGCCACCACAGCAGGAGCUUUGAAAACCCUCCGCCUGGGCCUGGGCCACCUCCUCAUACUGGUGCAGUGCUUCAUCUCUGCUCUGGCCAAUAUCUACAAUGAAAAGAUUCUGAAAGAAGGAGACCAACUCACUGAAAGCAUCUUUGUGCAGAACAGCAAACUCUAUGUAUUUGGAGUGCUGUUUAACGGGCUAAUCCUAGCCGUGCACUCUGACUGCUACAGGCAGAUACAGUCCUGUGGCUUGUUUUAUGGGCACAACACCUUCUCCAUAGCCCUCAUUUUUGUCACGGCCCUCAUGGGACUCUCUGUGGCCUUCAUCUUGAAGUUUCAAGACAACAUGUUCCACGUCAUGACUGCCCAGGUCACCACGGUGGUAAUCACCACUGUGUCAGUCAUAGUCUUUGACUUCAAACCUUCUCUGGAGUUCUUCUUGGAAGCUCCUGUGGUGCUUCUCUCCAUAUUUAUCUACAACGCCAGCAAGCCACGUGGGCAAGAAUAUGUUGUUCAGGGGGAGAGGAGCAAAAUUCUCAGUGGAGAUGUGUGGGAACGUUCCAGUGGGGAUGGAGAGGAGCUUGAGAGACUGACCAAAGCAAAUAGUGAUGCUGAUACUGAUGAAGAUGCCUUCUAGCCUGGGGUGGUACAGAUGAGUGCUGGGCAGUCUUCAAGAGAGCAGCUGGAAUGCCCUUCAGAAUGUGGAAGAGUCUUUUUUUACUGCGCAGAGCAAUUGAGAAUGUGUUUUUUGGUGGCCCCAGGGGAGAGGUGAUGGUAGAGUUUACUGUUUUCAAGUUGUGCCAGUAACUCAAACACAUCAGGGUAAGUUUCAGGGUUGGAGGUGAUUACAGAUGAGUAAACCCCAUGGUGUACCAGAGGUAGGAAAGGAACACUGUAGAAUCACUAGCUUGAUCCAUGUAAAUUGCAGUGUAUGCUGUAUUCUCCUCUCGCAUCAGUGUAAAUCAUGAGCUAAGCGCAAUGAAGUCAAUGUAAAGGGGUGGAGAAUAUGUGGCCCUUAGUCUUCUCAAUCGGGAUGAUCCAAGAGCUGAGUGUCAGCCCAGCAAUUUGAAAGUAAAGGCGGAGCACUAGUGUUCAUGUGCGCCAUAUUGACAGUGUUGACUCCCCUCCUAGGCAAAGGGCCUCAUCCUACAAACAUUCUGUCAGUGUUGAUCCUGGCUCACCCUCAGUUGCUCUGUGGCUUGGCCCCCUAACAUCAUCGUGUGCCAUCAGCAUGUGGAAUACUGCCUAAGCUAUAGGUACUCAUAUCUGAAUUUUUAUUAACAUGUUUGUUAGUGUCAUGUCCUUCUCUUCUGUUCUUUUGACAAAUGGUUCCAUAGCUGCAGAACCAGUUUCUUCACCAUUCCAGUAGCUUUUGGGAGUUGAUGAGCAUCUGUUACGUUACUACAACUUACAAGCACUUUUGAGCUGUUUUGGUAACGUGACUGGUAUAGCCGAUUGGAAGACCAGCUUCCCCGCUCAUCCAAAAUAUGUGGGGCUUUUUUGUUUUUAAAAUGGAUCUUGUUGCAUCUUCCUCUAGUUUGAAAAUUCUUAUGCCUUGUGCAGCUGUCUGGAAUUAUAGUUUGUCCAUUGCAGUCCAUUGGAGAGUUCUGUUCUAUGUCACUGAAAACAAAAUUAUGCUGAAACUGUAUUUCACUCUUUUGUCAAUACAAAAUAAUGACUUUUUUAAAUUUAAAGGAAAUUGGCAAGAGAAACUUGGCCCCAAAAAAAUAUUUUUUGUACAAGCUUUUUAAAAAAAUUCUGAAAUUUCCAUGAUCUCGAAAAAAGGAAUCAAGUGUAAUCUACAGAAAACCUGUAUAUUUUUUAUGCAGUUUUUGUGGUGCAGAGCUCCAGUGCAUGGCCUGUGAUAAUUACAUUGACUGGAGACUGUAGCAUAAUUUGGCCAGGCUAUUCCUUGUGUCCAUACUUAGAGAAAUGGAAGAAGAAAAUGCUGUGAAUUAUGAAAGGCACACUGAAUUAUGGAAACAAUUCCUGUUAACACUGUACAACAUGGUCGGGAAGAUUGAGCAUCUCCUGAGGUCUCAUUUUUCUACAGGUUUGGCCAUUUUGCCCAGAACAUUUUGACUUUCAACCCAAGUUACCCUGUUCAUACAACAGGGAUUAAAAUACCAUUAUCAACCUCACAGGGAUGUCGUGAGGAUUAAUUGAUGAAUUUGAGUCUCUGCACAACUCUACAAACACUCCAUUAAGUGUUAUUUUAAUAAUUAAGUUAUUACUAAUACCACAAGUAAGGAGACCUGUUUACAAAUAUGGAGGCAAAUUCACUGCUAUAUUCUGGUUGCUUUACAGCAUUGUGGCUAUGCAGAGUAGCCAUGAACCCAGUUUAAUCAGACAGUUGCUUUGAAUCUGCCUCAUUCGUUUUAAUCUAAUAAUGUAUAUUGAGACAAGCCAUUUGGCUUAGGGAGGUAUUGUUCCCUAUUACAGGGAUGCCUUUGUAACAAACAUUGAGUUUUACUGUAAUUUAUCAGACCUAAUGGUGAAAUAAAUUUGAAUAAAUUAAAGUAUGAAUAAUAAAUCC